CACGUCCUGAGUAUAAAAGACACCGAUCAUGACAAACUGGAGCAUUAUCACGCAGUUGUCCAUUCGGUAAACAGCGCACUAUCCUACACUAUCAUGGCGUUCAAAUUCGUCCUUCUGGCCACUCUGGUGGCGGCCGCCAGCGCUGGGCUUCUUCCUGUUGCCCACCACGGAGCCAUCGCUACUUCGCACUCCACCAUCCAGCAUCAUGCUGCACCCGCCAUCCACCAUGUCGGAUCCAUCCACGCUGCCCCGGCCGUGUACCAGCACACCAUCGCCCAGCCGACGAUCAUCAAGUCCGUAGAGCACCACGCUCCGGCUAACUACGAGUUCUCGUACUCUGUGCAUGAUCAGCACACCGGAGACAUCAAGAGCCAGCACGAAACCCGCCACGGAGAUGAAGUCCAUGGACAGUACUCGCUGUUGGACUCCGAUGGCCACCACCGCAUCGUUGACUACCACGCCGAUCAUCACUCCGGAUUCAACGCCGUUGUCCGCCGUGAGCCCUCGGGAGUGAAGAUCGCUCAGCCCGUUCACAAAGUGAUCGCCCAGCCAGUGCAUGUGUCCAGCUACGCCCAUGCUCCAGUAGCGCACGCUACCAUCCAGCAUCAUCAUGCUGCCCCGAUUGCCCACUAUUCUGCCCCGAUCGCACACCAUGCUGCCCCGAUCGCGCACCAUGUUGCUCCGAUCGCGCACCAUGUUGCUCCGAUCGCGCACUACUCUGCCCCGAUCGCACAUCACGCCGCCCCGAUCGCGCACUCCAGCUCCAGCAUCGUCCAUGGAACGAGCCAUUUGAGCCAUCAUCAUUAUCAGUUUUCGGGAGUGAAAGUAGCACAAUUUCUCGAUAAUCUAGUCUCAAGGACGGAAGCAGUCAAAAAUCCCCAGCACGUCCUGAGUAUAAAAGACACCGAUCAUGACAAACUGGAGCAUUAUCACGCAGUUGUCCAUUCGGUAAACAGCGCACUAUCCUACACUAUCAUGGCGUUCAAAUUCGUCCUUCUGGCCACUCUGGUGGCGGCCGCCAGCGCUGGGCUUCUUCCUGUUGCCCACCACGGAGCCAUCGCUACUUCGCACUCCACCAUCCAGCAUCAUGCUGCACCCGCCAUCCACCAUGUCGGAUCCAUCCACGCUGCCCCGGCCGUGUACCAGCACACCAUCGCCCAGCCGACGAUCAUCAAGUCCGUAGAGCACCACGCUCCGGCUAACUACGAGUUCUCGUACUCUGUGCAUGAUCAGCACACCGGAGACAUCAAGAGCCAGCACGAAACCCGCCACGGAGAUGAAGUCCAUGGACAGUACUCGCUGUUGGACUCCGAUGGCCACCACCGCAUCGUUGACUACCACGCCGAUCAUCACUCCGGAUUCAACGCCGUUGUCCGCCGUGAGCCCUCGGGAGUGAAGAUCGCUCAGCCCGUUCACAAAGUGAUCGCCCAGCCAGUGCAUGUGUCCAGCUACGCCCAUGCUCCAGUAGCGCACGCUACCAUCCAGCAUCAUCAUGCUGCCCCGAUUGCCCACUAUUCUGCCCCGAUCGCACACCAUGCUGCCCCGAUCGCGCACCAUGUUGCUCCGAUCGCGCACCAUGUUGCUCCGAUCGCGCACUACUCUGCCCCGAUCGCACAUCACGCCGCCCCGAUCGCGCACUCCAGCUCCAGCAUCCACAUCGAAUAUCCGGAUGCUCCCGCCGAAUAUCAGUUCGCCUACGACGUGCACGAUGACCACACCGGUGAUAUCAAGAGUCAACACGAGGAACGCCAUGGCGACAAUCUGGUCGGACAGUACACGCUGAUCGAUGCGGACGGAUAUCGCCGUGUGGUCGACUACACCGCAGAUGAGCACAACGGAUUCAACGCCGUCGUUCGCCGCGAGCCUGUCAAGACGGCCAUCCCUAUCGCCAAGGUUAUUGCUCCAGUUGCUAAAGUGUACGCCGCUCCGAUUGCGAAGGUCGCCGUGCCGGUAGCCAAGGUUGCUUACCCAGCUUACCACUACUAA